AUGGAUUCUCUCAACAAAUCCAAUUCUGCGUCGGCUGACGGAUGCUCAACUAAGAAUAAGAGAAGGAACGGAAAAUGUUCCCCCGCCAGUGAGGCCGUACAAGGAAGAUCACAUGACCUUAACUUCCGAAGAUUUCUUUUCCCCUCCUGCUUUGUUGCCCUCCUCGUUGUCGCUAUUUAUAUGUUGCUACUAAAGAUAACCCCCCCAGACAGAAAUGUCAUGGCCCAAAUACGAGGAAGGAAUUUAACGGAGCUCAAUGAGAAUGGAUGCUUCAGGGAAAGAAACUCAGAUACAAAUGUAAGUUCCUCUGAUUCUGAAUCUGAUGAUGACGUAUUAUCUGCGUUUGAUGAGAUGGAUUUAGGUGAAAAUGAAGAAAAGGACCUUUUGGAUGCAGAUGAAAAUGUUGAAGAAAAAUAUAAAGGAGAAAAUGACUUCUGUAAUGUCUACUCCUCUAGAUUUGAGGAAGGAGAAAUGAUAUUUACUAGCGAUGUGACAGAAGACGAAUUAGACGAACUGAUAAAUAAUAUGGAAGAAUUCCCUUCGAAAAAUGAAAUUAUCAAAAUGUGGAAGCGCGCAUAUGCUUUAGAGGUACAGACAAUUUACAAAAUGCUCAUUGCUCUAUUCGAAUAUUCCGAAGAGUUGAAAGACAAACAUCAGGUAAAGGAAAAACUUGCUUUCACUCAUUGGGAUAGCGUCAUGUCCAGUUGUCUUGACAUACUAACAGAAAGGGAACAACACUACAGUGAACUAUUCGACGCCUUCAUCAUGAAAGAUGACUUGACCAGAGAGGAAUUUGUGAAUUUCUUGAACAAUUGCAAGAUGGAGGUUGCCGAAAUGAGAGAAUCUUUAGAAACCUUUGCAAAGAAAGAAUUCGAUGCAAGAAUUAUCCCAGAAAGGGGCAACUAA